UCUUUCAGCUCCUCUGUGGUGCCCUUGUACGGGAACAUGGAGGCGAUGGCCAUAAAUAUCUUAUCGUUGGGGAUCUUCCUGCUGCCGCACAAGUCCCUCACCUCCGUCGUGCUCCUCCUCUUCCUCUUGACGAACGCCACGGUCCCCGCUUUGGUCUCCUCCGAACCCUCCGCCGAGCUCCUCCUCAUCGCCCUCUCCUCCUCCUUCUUCCCCACCGCCUCCACCCCGGCCACGACCUCCUCCUCUUCCUCCUCCUCGUGGUCCGAGUACUGGCUCAAGGCCUCCACCAGCUCUUUAAAGACCUCGUCGCUGAUGAAACCGCCCUCUGGGACACGACAGAGCCCUCCUGCGAAAAGGUUGAGAUAUGUAAUCCCUACGCACCAGUGAGGACGCACAGAGCACUGUCAGGCACAAUGACAGCCACCAGCCUCUCGCCCAUGUUCUCUGGCUGGUUUGUGGCUCUUCUCUUCUGGGCAAGAUGCACGACAGUGGAUGGCCUGGUAGAUGAACAAUUAGCUGCACAACCUACCACAACAGUAGGGUAUCACUCAGUAGAGAUGACUGCCAACACAACUUACGGAGAGGCUACCGUGCCGUUUGCUUGUGGGAAUGAUACUCACCGUUGCCCGGAAAUAUGCAACUUCUGUAGUGACAUGUACGGUGCUCCAACAAUGGAUUGCCUGUCAACCCUGAUUGGCCAUUUAUGUCUCAACACUUUUGAGAGUUCAAUGGAGUCACUGAACAGCACUGACUGGUGCAAGUGGGGUAACGUGAGCGGUAUGUACAGUAACCUAAGCCAUUGCACAGAGGAGAUGUCUGACUGUCUCAUGAUCCCGUGGCCCAACCCGCUGGUGGAAGAGACCUUUGUGGACAUUCACUCCAGGUUCUUCCAGGAUUGUCCAGAAGAGGAGUUGAGCGACCCGCCGCCGGUCGUCGUCUUAGCCCUGGUGAUAACUCCCAUCUGUAUGAUCCCGGUCAUGGUCGUCCUGGUGGUGUUCAAAACUAAGAAUGGCGAUGGCAGCUACUGAGGGUCUCAAUUCUUGGUUCACAGUCACCAGGAAAAUGGCGAUUUUGGACCUAUGCUCUGUCCAUUCUCCCAAUGUGAGGACUGCUUGUUUCCACGCAGGCUGCUGCCGCCCUUUAAUCUCACCGGUGAGCUUUCGGAGGUGUGACUGUUUCUGACAAAUUAACCUGCACUUCACUUCUCUGAGGAAUUCUGAAACAUCAGCAGCAGAGAAAACCGAUCAAUAGACACUUCUGAGCCAGAGUUCAUAAUGUCAUAUUCUGUGGCUGAUCAGAGACAAACCCCCUGGUGUUAACAGACGCUGACUGUGACAAAAUCCUUUGUUAUUAUUAAUUCAUGUACUGUAUCGAAUUAACAAUUUUUAGGAAGAGAAACUGUGACAAAAGAUUUGUUUUCAACCACCGAAUGGAAAUUGGAACACUGAUGGUUUUGGUUACUUCCAAACUGGAUGCACAUGUUCGGAAAACGGCUCUGUUUGAAAUGGAGAACACAAUUUUCAGGUUUAUGAUGACAAAAGCUCUAGAGCUUGCAAAACUAUGUAUUUGUUGACAGUCCUCGAUAAGUCUGACACCAUUUGUCUUGGUUAAAGACAAGAUUCUGAAAUGAUGACUUAUUGCUGAACUCGUGAAUUCUUCAAACUGAGCCACUAAUUAGACGACGUACUAUUCAAACCAAGGCUGAUCUGGGUACAGGUAUGGGUUCGUUGUUUGAUAUAUGCAAAUGGUCAGCCACGUGUACACAGGGAGAACUACCAAGGGAGUAUAGUGUGAUGUAUGGAUGUGGUUAUGUGAGUCAGAGCAUAUGGUUUGGAGAUCAGAGGUUACAGAUGGGACACAAUGAAUGGGUACGCCCAGAGAGGGAGAUCUUUUUCCUGGUAUUGUCUAUUUUUGGAAUAGUAUUGAAUCCUUAAGCACUUUCACUGUGACAAUCCUCACGAUCUUAUGUUGAUGAGCUGAACGAAGUGUAUCUAACGUCUCAAUCCAAUUCAGACAAAGGGACAUAUUUAGUUUGUCUGUGCAGCCUAGUGAUAAACACUGAGUGAUGACAAGAAGAUAAUCAUGCUAUCUUCUGCUUGAAUCUUGAUACCCGUGGGUAUGUGUUGUUAUGACGACAAAGCCAUUGUAUGCGCUUUCAGAUUUGGAAUCAAAUGUGUAUUUAUAUACUGUGUUAUUUUUCUGCUAUUGUCAGGACUUACCGUGCUGUCUGUGAGAACACACCCUGCCUGCUCUCACGCCAUGUACUGUAUGUACUUUUUUUAUAUUUUAUACAAUUAAAUCUACAGUUGGAAUGUUGGCUCUA